AUGUCUUCCUAUCUGGCGGCGGAGUGCCUGCCAUCUUUUGAACUUGAACUCGGUGAGCGGGGCGACGAAGGAAGCAGUUUUCGCACGCAGAACGACGUCUCUGAUCCCCUCCAACGCUCGAACAUCACAGAGCGGAAGGGCGUCAUCGAUAUCCGCUGCACUGGGGCGGAUGUCAUUCACGGCUAUUUGCAGAAUGGGAAAGCUCCAGCAACCCUUCUAGUCUACGAGUUUCAAUUCGACCCUCGGAAGAUAUCCCGGCGCAUUACUACGGUGGACAUGGAGUUCAGGUUUGGCUCAGAGUUCGGAAAGGAGCCCGAGGUCCUCAAAGUCUCCCCGAAGGGACGUAUGACUCUGGUGCCCACAACACAAACCGAGACAACGACCGUUGGAGGCGAUACCAAGGCAGGCGGAAAUGUGUUUGGGGCCGAGUUCGGCUCCAGCUGGAAGUGGGAAAAAGUCAUAAGCCGUGAGAGCAGAGACGCUACCACCAUAGUGGGCUCUAUGGACAUCCAAGGCCGCAACUACGGACCCUCUAACGCCGUGUCGUGGACUAUCAUGGAAAACGCAUCAGAGGGUACCGGAGUGCCGGCACACGUCAGGACAGCAGUGCUCUUGUCAAGAGGCGAUGAUGAAGAGCUAUUCUACAGCAUGUUCAAGAUUAAGGCUCAGGUAGACUUGGUGAGCAAAUUCACCCGGCUCUUCGGCUCGACGCCUAGAGACGACCCUAUUCUCUACGAUACGACACUGCCACCCACGAACAAUCUGCGAGAAUAUGACUUGAACUCCCUCGGGGAUGUCGAUAUGCUGGAAUUGAGCACCAUGGGAUUCACAAAUGAUAGUCAGGUAUCUAAUUGA